AUGGGGCUCGGCGUGGUGUCGGAGCUGGUGCGGCUGGGCGUGCUGAGCUCCACCUCCGACCACGCGUCGGUGGUGUCCAUCAACCUCUUCGUUGCGCUGCUCUGCGCCUGCAUCGUCCUCGGCCACCUCCUGGAGGAGAACCGCUGGGUCAACGAGUCCAACACCGCGCUCAUCAUCGGGCUGUGUACCGGCGUGGUCAUCCUGCUGACCACCAAGGGGAAGAGCUCGCACAUCCUCGUCUUCAGCGAGGACCUCUUCUUCAUCUACCUCCUCCCUCCCAUCAUCUUCAAUGCCGGGUUCCAGGUGAAGAAGAAACAAUUCUUCCGGAAUUUCAUGACAAUCACGUUAUUUGGUGCUGUUGGGACAAUGAUAUCCUUCUUCACUAUCUCUCUCGGUGCAAUAGCGAUAUUCAGCAGAAUGAACAUUGGAACGUUAGAUGUCGGGGAUUUUCUCGCUAUUGGAGCUAUCUUUUCUGCAACAGAUUCUGUCUGCACACUGCAGGUCCUCCAUCAGGAUGAGACGCCCCUUUUGUACAGUCUUGUGUUCGGUGAAGGAGUUGUGAACGAUGCCACAUCCGUUGUGCUCUUCAACGCACUCCAGAACUUUGAUCUUAACCACAUCGAUGUAGCCGUUGUGCUGAAGUUCUUGGGAAAUUUCUGUUAUUUAUUCUUGUCAAGCACCUUACUUGGAGUGUUUACUGGAUUGCUCAGUGCGUACAUAAUUAAGAAGCUAUAUAUAGGAAGGCAUUCCACUGACCGUGAGGUUGCACUUAUGAUGCUCAUGGCUUACCUCUCAUAUAUGCUGGCCGAGUUGCUAGAUCUGAGUGGUAUUCUUACUGUAUUCUUCUGCGGUAUUGUGAUGUCGCAUUACACUUGGCAUAAUGUGACAGAGAGCUCAAGAGUUACAACCAAGCAUGCCUUUGCAACUUUGUCCUUCAUUGCUGAGACUUUUCUCUUCCUAUAUGUUGGCAUGGAUGCCCUCGAUAUGGAGAAGUGGGAAUUUGCCAGUGACAGCCCGGGCAAAUCCAUUGGCAUAAGCUCGAUUUUGCUAGGAUUGGUUCUGGUGGGCAGAGCUGCAUUUGUUUUCCCAUUGUCGUUUUUGUCCAACUUGACAAAGAAGUCUCCAUUGGAGAAAAUAACAUUGAGACAACAAAUUGUAAUUUGGUGGGCUGGACUGAUGAGAGGCGCCGUGUCCAUUGCUCUCGCUUACAACAAGUUCACAAGAUCUGGACACACUCAGCUGCACGGCAAUGCGAUAAUGAUCACCAGCACAAUCACUGUCGUCCUGUUUAGCACUAUGGUGUUUGGGAUGAUGACGAAGCCAUUGAUCCGGCUACUGCUCCCUGCCUCGAGCAACACGGUUGCCUCUGAGCCGUCGUCACCCAAGUCCCUGCACUCCCCUCUCCUGACGAGCAUGCAGGGCUCUGACCUCGAGACGGCGUCCGCUCAGAUUGUCAGGCCGUCCAGCCUCCGGAUGCUCCUCAGCAAGCCGACCCACACGGUGCACUACUACUGGCGCAAGUUUGAUGACGCGCUGAUGCGGCCCAUGUUUGGCGGCCGCGGGUUCGUGCCCUUCUCCCCCGGAUCGCCCACUGAGCAGAGCGUCCAUGCCGGACGGUGA